AUGGAGCGCCCCGCCGCGGGUGAGAGCGCGCCGCCCUGCGCGCCCUGGGGCGCGGCUUCUGCCGUGGGGCGUGCUCACCCGCCCCGUUCCGCCUCCCAGGCCACCCGCAACCCCACGCCCCUCGCGGUCGGUCCUCCCCUCACACCCCGAUUUUACUCGAGGCUUGGCAAGGAGCACUUUAAAAUGGGCACCAAUCCGCUGGCGCCCAGAGUGAACUUCAGCUUGGUUCACCUUUCGAUAUGUGCUAAACCUGGGCUGAGGAUAGCCUUGGAUACCUCAUCUUCCUGCCUGUACCUUCCUGGGAUUGCAAGUGUGACCCAACAGGCCUGGCUCACACAUUUUGUGGUAGAUUUAUCUCAGUCUGGAGAAAUAGAUGCCAAUAAGUGUGACCGUCUACCAAGAGGAGAGGAAGGGACGGGGGACCUGGAGACCAGCCCUGUAGGUUCUCUGGCAGACCUGCCGUUUGCCGCUGUAGACAUUCAAGAUGACUGUGGAAUCCCUGAUGUACCUCAAGGAAACCCAAAGAGAAGCAAAGAAAAUAGAGGCGACAGGAAUGAUCACGUGAAGAAGAGGAAGAAGGCCAAAAAAGAUUAUCAACCCAACUAUUUCCUGUCCAUUCCAAUCACCAACAAAAAGAUUACAGCUGGAAUUAAAGUCUUGCAAAAUUCGAUACUGAGACAGGACAAGCGGUUGACCAAAGCCAUGGUCGGCGACGGCUCCUUUCACAUCACCUUGCUAGUGAUGCAGCUAUUAAAUGAAGAUGAAGUAAACAUCGGUACCGACGCGCUUUUGGAACUGAAGCCGUUCGUUGAGGAGAUCCUUGAGGGGAAGCAUCUGACUUUGCCCUUCCACGGGAUUGGCACUUUCCAAGGUCAGGUUGGCUUUGUGAAGCUGGCAGAUGGAGAUCAUGUCAGUGCCCUCCUGGAGAUAGCAGAGACUGCAAAAAGGACGUUUCAGGAAAAAGGCAUCCUGGCUGGAGAAAGCAGAACUUUUAAGCCUCACCUGACCUUUAUGAAGCUGUCCAAAGCACCAAUGCUCUGGAAGAAGGGAGUGAGAAAAAUAGAGCCUGGAUUGUAUGAGCAAUUUAUCGACUACAGAUUUGGAGAAGAAAUACUGUACCAAAUAGAUCUCUGCUCCAUGCUGAAGAAAAAACAGAGCAAUGGUUAUUACCACUGCGAGUCUUCGAUCGUGAUCGGCAAGAAACCAGUUGGAACCCAAGACUUAAUUAACGAAGCUUUGCACCGAGAAAGGAUGGAGCUGAAGUCCAAAGUGAAACAGAUCAAAGAACUUUUGUUAAAGCCUGAGACCCAGGCCAAGAUUAGAAAGGAGCUUUUUGAAGGAAGAGUUUUUAAUAAUGGUGACCCAACUGAUUUCAACAUGACUUUGCCAUAGCUCUCCACUGCUGUUACGCUUGCUCACAUGUUUAUGAACUCUCAGCCCGUUAAAUAGCUCUUUUGGUGAGUAACCAAAGUAUUCUUGCGGUCUCUACAAAGCCCACAAACCAACAUUUGGUAAGGAACUAACAACUUCUUGCCAAAGAAAACAUAUUUUUGCCUUAUCGUGGUCACCAUCAUCACCGUCAUCGUCGUCAUCACCACCAUAAAAUUGAGUUUUAGAAUGUUCCUUUUGGUAUCUUACUCAUUUUAUAUAAAAACUUCUUAAUUAGCUGUUGUAAGAUGUUCCAUGGGUCCUUGCAGAUAAUAUUAUAUAUAUAUAUAUAUACACACAUAUAUGUACAUACACAUAUACUCACACACUUUUAAAAAUCCUUUAUAGACAAAAACAACAAAACAAAAUAAAACCAACAACAGUAUUCUAAGGGUCACCUGCCUCCUGUCGAUGUGGCCCUGUUACUUCAAAGGAAGCAUUGUCCGGGCCUGUCCAGUCUCACGGUCCUUUUGCUGAGCGUUUGAGUGCUUAUUGAGGAUCAGUACUUGAACAGACAUUAGUAAACGUAAUCGUUGUAGUCACGGGUUCAGAAUGUUUUAUACUAUCUAUAUUCUCUUUUUCAUUGAUGAAGUACAGUUUGCUUUUUUUUUUUAUUUCUUCGUGAACAGUGUUCAGGGUUCCUAUUUCCUACUCUCUGAAGAUGAGCCCAAGCCUGCGUUCUUCACGGUUUGAGUAGCUUGCACUGGUUCCUUUGUAAAUGAGCAUUCUUGAGUGUUAUUCGGGUAGUCACUUUAAAAUUGCUGCUACUAAUAGAUGAUGGGGAAAGAAAGUGAUUAGAGAUUAAAUAUAUAAUCAUCUCACAGUCCAGUUUGCUCGUGGAUUUUUGGCUAUUUUUUUCCACUGGGUAAAUGAUGCAUUAAUUCAUGAUGUAUUCCUUUAUACGUUCCUACGUUUUCAUGCCUCAUAAUAAACGUACUCUUUCCUCUAU